AUGGAUGAAGAGACUAGGACAGAAGCAGAGUCUGAACAAUCAACUGACAAGGAUGACGAAUGGAAAGAAACACCUGCAGUGAGAGCACCCAACCCCGUGAAAGCUUAUGUGCCACCAAUUCCCUUCCCUCAAAGGUUACAGAGAAAGAAGUUGGAUAAUCGAUUUGCCAAGUUUGUAGAGAUUUUCAAGAAAUUGCACAUCAAUAUUCCAUUUGCAGACACAAUUGCCCAAAUGUCUAGCCAUGCAAAAUUCUUGAAAGAAAUCUCAUCUAACGAAAGGAAGCUGGAAGAACAUAAGACAGUCUGCCUGAAUGGGAAGUGUGCCAUUGUCAAUUUGAUGCCUCUCUCUGUUUACAGGUCUCUUGGAUUGGGAGAAGCAAAACCUAUAACCAUCUCUUUACAACUGGCUGACAGAUCAAUUAAACGAUCAAAGGGAAUUAUUAAAGAUGUGUUAGUCAAAGUUGACAAAUUUAUUUUUCCGGCUGACUUCAUUAUUUUGGACAUGGAGGAGGAUUCAAACAUUCCUCUGACCUUGGGAAGACUUUUCUUGGCUACCGAAAGAGCAUUGAUUGAUGUUUAA